AUGAGUAGCAGUAACGGCGCCAUUAGUGCUCUUAUACUAGUACCAAUUGUCAUCGCAGCAUCCGCAGCAUUCAUCGCCCUCAAGACGCAACGUGGUUUCCAAUCUAUCUUCGAAUACUUCCUUCGGAUCUGGGAGGACAAUUCUCCCUGGUCUCAUAGAGGAAAGAACACGCAUAGAAGGAAACAGAAACGGUCGGACUUAUCAUCAACGCAGAUAUACGCAGAUUCCUGGUGCGAUCUCGAAAGCAUUCAUAGUGGCCGCAGCGCCCAGGCAUACAGCACGUUUAUUGGGCAAACCGGAUCCAAGGCGAAUAUGGCAUCCCAACCGUUCGAGUCGUCUACUCUGGAGCUUCACCAACUCGAUAUCUCGAGGCCAAAACCCCUUCGAAUUGUCAAGCGUAGCCAGACCAUUUCCGGCAGCCCAGCUCCCCGAAAGGCACUCCGGAGAGGACGCCGAGCCUCUAGUUCGUCCGACCAGAGGGAUGGGAGUCCACCGUGGGGCGCGGACCGAUCCUUGACUGUACGCAAGAAGAGACAAGGGAGGGGGAGCGUUCUGGGUAUCAAAUUUGAUGGCUCCUCGAUACCCAACCCUGCUAGUGAUAUGUUCAGUUUAGGUACAAAUAACCAUGAACCUGUCCAGGGAGAACAUGACUCUGAAAUAACACCAAAGGCGGCUCGGGCCAUAUCGACAACUACGAGCGAUUGGGGUGUUCUUGAACCAGCACCCUACCCUAAAGAUUACAAUAUCAACCCAAACAAAUAUCCAGCUCAAAGUGCCCGAGGCUCCAAUUCCUCGGACUCGGGCUUCGUAUCAGCAUCUUCCAUAUCCGGCCAGAAAAUGCCAUAUGCCAACAUCCCCCAAAGGCGAUUUUCUAGAUCCAAAAGCUUUCUUCUUAAAGCCAUCGGCGGUCGUAGUGGGCCACCAAAGCAUAAGUCGAGCAGAUCCGCUGAUUCUGGCUCCAUAAAUAUACUUCUUCGUCGGUUGUCACGGGGGAGAUAUAGGGACAGGAGCCCCUGGAACUCGUCCACUUCUGGUAGCGCUUCUUGUAUUCCUGGCGACGACUCUUUGGAACUCGACAGCCGCGACAUUGCAGAUAUUAGAGUCAAUUCAAGAAUAUCCUCUGGUCGACAGUUAGCCACCGCUCCCCCCUCAUCUAAUAAUGCGCACCGUCUUCGAUACCGAGAGAGCUUGGUCCUCUCUCCUCGAGUGGUAGUUACUCCGGAGGUUUCAAGUGUGGAUUUAGAUAAAUGUAGCUUCUGGCUUGCAAUCGAGAUCCGUGGCGUAGUUCGACACGCCGAUGGACGUUUAAAGCCUGAUGAUGGACUUUCUGAAAGCUCUACUACCUUCAUAAAUGCUCAAUCAUCAGGGCCGGGACAAUAUGGAUAUCUACAUUCAAUGCGCAUAGACCUCCUGCCCGCCCACAAUUGUUUCAUUACGGAACUUAUUGGAGACCUCGACGAUUCAAGUAUAUUUCAAGCCAAUCAAACACGUCUUAUACUGGCCAGAAUAAGCCUUGGCGAAUGCGAUUUCUUCCCAAACCUAACCAGCCCCUUUUCCGAGGAGCUCCUCUCUGAUCUGGAAAAGCACCUCGGGGACACGCUUACUACUUACCUGACUAUUAGACUUACUUACAAACACUCUGGAUUCCCGGAUAACGAAAGUCCAGUAUCAUUUUGUGGUGGAGGGGCUUUACACACCACUCAAUUACAAACCGAUGCAACUGCAGUUAUCAGGAGACACGAUUUGGAGUCAGUAUGGUCGCCGCAGAUUUUGCAAUCGAUAAAUGGCCGACCUGUCUCUAACCCUCUGACGGCAAUUGUUGAAAAAUGCCUCCCAACGGAUCAAGCCAGGCAAAUAAUAAGGAGAUUAGCCUAUGAACAACGUCCAUUCCAACUUCAUCAACGAAUGGGCGGGAUUAGUAGUUUUAGUAAAGGGAGCGGCUAUCAAGUUGCCAAAUCCGCUGCUACCACAGCAGAUUCGGCGGUUUAUUCUCCUCUGGUUAUUGGACCUGCCCUCCCGAUGGAUUCUGAUGUGCAAUCACAAAUGGUUGAACAACUAGAGGACCCAUUCAUACAAUUCCCCCCGCCUCCUAAGAUUAGAGGGCAUAGUGUGGACCCAGCUCGCAAGAUCUGGAGGGAAAUGCGCCAGACUUCUCGUGGCCGCUGUUAUAAUGAAGGGUGGAGUGGCUUCACCUGUGAUCACUACAGCGCAGAAGAAGAUCUCACACCUACUCGGAAAAGUUCUUCCGAUGCAACUUCAUCUACUCUAGAUACCACUGGUUCUGGAAAGGCCAUGUCAGCGAUUCGGCAAAAAAUGGAUGAUGUCGACGACGAUAGAGGUAGAAUUCUGGAGAUGGCUUUGAGAAACAAAAGGAGUGUCGGUACGGACACGCUGAGAAGCAUUGCACCAAGCGUACGGAGAGGGACAACAGGAACUGUGAGCGGAUUAGGUUUGGGUUUAGGUAUUGGGAGAACGUGGGGUUGGGGUCCAUCUUGGUGGUAA